GCCAUAAUCUUGGACAAAACUAGGAGAGGGACAUCAGAUUGCAUUAUAAGUGGAUAACUGAAUUCUUCAAUUUCGUACUCCAAGAAAACAAGGAGCAUAGUUUGCUUGAAUCCAAAAACAGAAACAGAAGCACAAGCAAGAACUUCUAAGGGUGUUGGCAAUGGAGGAAGGAUCAAGGCAAUUGUCAGAAACAACAACAUCCAAUUACCUGGAACGCCAAGCUGAUGAAGGAGAAAGGGACCCGGAGAGCAACACACUGCAACAACCGCUCCUCAAGAGGAACAGAACACUCUCCUCCAAUCCACUUGCCUUGGUUGGAGCCAAAGUCUCACAUAUUGAGAGCUUAGACUAUGAGAUCAAUGAGAAUGAUCUCUUUAAGCAUGAUUGGAGAACCAGAUCCAAAGUUCAGGUGCUGCAAUACAUAUUCUCCAAAUGGUCAUUGGCCUUCCUUGUUGGACUCUUGACUGGCUUAAUUGCCACCAUUAUCAAUCUUGCUGUGGAAAACAUUGCUGGCUACAAACUUCUUGCUGUUAUCAGUCAAAUAGAGAAGAAAAGGUACCUUACUGGGUUGCUCUAUUUCACAGCAGUCAAUUUUUUCCUGACCUUGUUUGCCUCUCUUCUCUGCGUGUGCUUCGCACCCACUGCGGCUGGUCCUGGGAUACCUGAAAUCAAAGCUUACCUUAAUGGAGUUGAUACCCCCAACAUGUUUGGUGCUACAACAUUGAUUGUAAAGAUAUUUGGAAGCAUCGGAGCCGUCUCUGCUGGCCUGGAUCUGGGGAAAGAAGGACCUUUGGUGCACAUUGGUAGCUGCAUUGCUUCCUUGCUAGGACAAGGAGGGCCUGAUAAUUACCGUCUUAAAUGGCGCUGGCUUCGUUACUUUAACAAUGACAGAGACCGCCGAGAUCUUAUUACUUGUGGUUCAUCCGCGGGGGUUUGUGCAGCUUUCCGCUCUCCAGUGGGCGGUGUCUUGUUUGCUCUCGAGGAGGUUGCGACAUGGUGGAGAAGUGCACUCCUCUGGAGAACGUUUUGCAGCACAGCAGUUGUGGUGGUGGUUCUCAGGGCUUUUAUUGAAAUCUGCAACUCUGGAAAAUGUGGACUUUUCGGGAGAGGAGGGCUCAUCAUGUUUGAUGUGAGCAAUGUUACAGUACGAUACCAUGUGAUGGAUAUAAUCCCUGUAACUCUCAUUGGAAUCAUAGGAGGAGUUCUGGGAAGCCUUUACAAUCACCUUCUACACAAGGUCCUCAGACUUUACAACAUCAUUAAUGAGAAGGGAAGAAUUCAUAAGCUGCUUCUCAGUCUGAGUGUCUCACUCUUCACCUCAGUGUGCCUAUAUUGCCUCCCUUUUCUCGCCAAAUGCACACAAUGUGAUCAAUCCUUCCCAGAGAAAUGUCCCACCAAUGGACGAUCGGGCAACUUCAAGCAGUUCAACUGCCCAGAUGGGUACUACAAUGACCUAGCCACUCUCCUCCUUACCACCAGUGAUGAUGCUGUCCGGAAUAUCUUUUCCUCCAACACUUCGAAUGAAUUCCAUCCUACAUCCCUCCUAAUAUUCUUUGCACUGUAUUGUGUCUUGGGAUUAAUUACAUUCGGAAUUGCAGUGCCUUCCGGACUCUUCCUUCCUAUUAUUCUCAUGGGUUCAGCAUACGGCCGCCUGCUUGGUCUUGCCAUGGGAACUUCUACCACCAUUGAUCAGGGGCUUUUCGCUGUUCUUGGUGCAGCCUCCCUUAUGGCAGGCUCAAUGAGGAUGACUGUCUCACUUUGUGUAAUAUUUCUUGAGCUAACCAAUAACCUCUUGCUACUUCCAAUAACCAUGAUAGUCCUUCUCAUUGCCAAAACUGUCGGAGAUAGCUUCAAUCCAAGCAUCUAUGAGAUUAUUCUGCAUCUCAAAGGUCUUCCUUUCUUGGAUGCAAAUCCUGAACCAUGGAUGAGAAAUAUCACUGUCGGUGAGCUUGCUGAUGCCAAACCACCAGUAGUUACUCUCCGUGGAGUGGAAAAGGUCGCUCGUAUUGUGGAUGUCCUCAAAAAUACUACACACAAUGCCUUCCCUGUCAUAGAUAAUGACGUGGUACCACCGACAGGAUCGGCAAUUGGCGCAACAGAACUACAUGGGCUGAUCCUACGAGCUCACCUUCUGAAAGUGCUUAAGAAAAAGUGGUUCCUGCAAGAAAAAAGGAGAACAGAAGAAUGGGAAGUGAGAGAAAAAUUUACCUGGGUUGACCUGGCCGAGCGGGAAGGAAAGAUUGAGGAGGUUCCUGUGACGAGAGAAGAAAUGGAGAUGUAUGUUGAUUUACAUCCUCUCACCAACACAACUCCAUACACAGUGGUGGAGAGUAUGUCAGUGGCAAAAGCUAUGGUGCUCUUUAGACAAGUGGGUCUACGCCAUUUGCUUAUCGUGCCCAAGUAUCAAGCAGCUGGGAUCCCUCCAGUCAUUGGUAUCUUGACCAGACAGGAUUUGAGGGCCCACAACAUUUUGUCCGCCUUCCCUCAUCUUGCAAACUCCAAGAGCAGGGAGAAGCAGGGCUAAAUUUCUCUUGAUGAAGAUAUGGCAGCAGCAGUUUUUCAGAACAGGACACAUCAGCUUUAUAUUCCUUCUACGAUUUUCUAAGUUUUGAGUUCCAAAUUUUUUCAAUCAAAUUCUAUAGAAGAGUUGUGGAAACAAAGAUGGAGCAUAAUUUUAUUCAUUUACACCUUUCUUAGACAUGUUUCUGUAAAUUGGAAAACUCAUCUUUUACCGGAUUGCGAACGUGGCAAAUAUAUAGCUUCUAGUGAUAUCUUUCUGAUGCA